AUGUUUAAACGUAUAUUAAAAUUGUUAGUUAAGGUACUACUAUUCCUGAAAAGUAAAGCCACCGCUAGACAUCAACCUAUAAUCGAACUCUGUAAAAUGGCAUACGUGUUAACUGAAACCUCUGCAGGUUAUGCUUUAUUGAAGGCCUCUGAUAAAAAAAUCUACAAAUCAUCUACUUUGAUUCAAGAUUUAGAUACUUCAGACAAAGUUUUAAAAGAGUUUAAAAUUGCUGCUUUCUCCAAGUUUAGCUCUGCUGCCAAUGCUUUAGAAGAAUCCAAUGCCAUCAUUGAAGGUAAAGUUUCUUCUCAAUUACAAAAGUUAUUAGAAGAUAUUAAGAAAGAUAAGAAAUCUACUUUAGUUGUUAGCGAAACCAAGUUAGCUAAUUCCAUUAAUAAAUUAGGUUUAAACUUUAACGUCGUUUCUGAUGCCGUGACUUUAGAUAUAUACAGAGCUGUUAAAGAAUAUUUACCAGAGUUAUUACCAGGUUUAACUGAUUCUGAUUUAAGCAAAAUGUCAUUAGGUUUAGCUCAUUCCAUUGGUCGUCAUAAGUUAAAGUUCUCCGCUGAUAAAGUUGAUGUUAUGAUUAUCCAAGCCAUUGCUUUAUUAGAUGAUUUAGACAAAGAAUUAAACACCUACGCCAUGAGAGUUAAGGAAUGGUACGGUUGGCAUUUCCCAGAAUUGGCAAAGAUUGUUGUCGAUUCUGUUGCUUAUGCUAGAAUUAUUUUAACCAUGGGUAUUAGAUCCAAGGCUUCUGAAACCGAUAUGAGUGAAAUCUUACCAGAAGAAAUUGAAGAACGUGUUAAGACUGCUGCUGAAGUUUCCAUGGGUACUGAAAUUACUCCAGUUGAUUUAGACAAUAUCAAGGCUUUAGCUGACCAAAUUGUUGAAUUUGCCGCUUACAGAGAACAAUUAUCCAACUACUUAUCAGCCAGAAUGAAGGCUAUUGCUCCAAAUUUGACCCAGUUAGUCGGUGAACUAGUCGGUGCUAGAUUAAUUGCUCACUCUGGUUCUUUAAUUUCCUUAGCCAAAUCCCCAGCUUCUACUAUUCAAAUUUUAGGUGCCGAAAAAGCCUUAUUUAGAGCCUUAAAGACUAAACAUGAUACUCCAAAGUACGGUUUAUUAUACCAUGCUUCCUUAGUUGGUCAAGCUACAGGUAAGAACAAGGGUAAGAUUGCCAGAGUCUUAGCUGCUAAAGCUGCUGUCUCCUUACGUUAUGAUGCAUUAGCUGAAGAUAGAGAUGAUUCUGGUGACAUUGGUUUAGAAGCCCGAGCCAAGGUUGAAAGCAGAUUAUCACAAAUUGAAGGUAGAGACCUAAGAACUACACCAAAGGUUGUACGCGAAGCUAAGAAGGUUGAAAUAACAGAAGCUAGAGCUUAUAAUGCUGAUGCCGAUGCUGCUAAUGCUACCUCUGAUUCAUCUGAUUCUGAUGAUGAAGAAGAAGUAAAGGAAGAAAAGAAGGAUAAGAAGAGAAAAAGAGAGGAUGAAGAAGAAGAAGAAAAGAAGGAAAAGAAAUCUAAGAAGGAGAAGAAAGAUAAGAAGGAGAAAAAAGAGAAGAAAGAAAAGAAAGAGAAGAAGGACAAGAAGGACAAGAAGGACAAAAAAAGCAAGAAGGAAAAGAAAUAA